GAGACCGGACGGCAAUUUAACAGUUAAAAUGUCUGGGGGGGGGGGAGUCAUAAGCGAUUGCAACGUUAACGAAAACGACAUGUAAGUGAAUCUGGUCGAGGGGUGCGGCGUUGUCGAAACCGUCAGCCGGACAUAACAACAUUGGCCGAGGGCCGCGUUCCGUUUCCACCGAUGCCGUAAGUGGCCCUUUGCGGCUUUUGCGACAGCUCGGCUGCAGAUGGCAAAACACGGCGAGCGAUACGCACCGCGUUGCACGUCGGCGCGGCGCAUAGCCUGUCGCUGCUGCAGGAGCUGGAGCUAACAACGCCCCCCCUUCCUUCCUCGCGUCCUUCAUAUGGGUCACACAGCGUGAGUUAGCCUGUCGCAGCUUCAGGAGCUCGCCACGAUCCUCCGCGUCUCUCUUGUAGCUGUUAUACAGACAGUGCGGGGAAGGAGUUUUAGGAUGCGGGCGCAAAGAGUGACGUUGAACUCUCGACCUGGUAAAAAUGGAGUUCCCGUUCCUGAAAAUUUCCGGCUUGAGGAGACGACUCUACCCCUCGACCUGCAGCCGGGAGAAGUCCUCGUCCGGACGGCUUACCUCUCUGUCGACCCCUACAUGCGAUGUCGCAUGAAUGAAGACACGGGUGCUGAAUACCUGACACCAUGGGGCCUGUCGGAGUGUGUGGACGGCGGAGGCGUCGGGCUGGUUGAGUCCAGCCGCAGUGAUGGGCUCACUGAGGGAGAUGUGGUCACCUCAUUCAACUGGCCUUGGCAGACCCACGUUGUUUUGAAAGGAAGUGUCUUACAGAAGGUUGACCCACAGUUGGUUGAUGGGCACUUAUCGUACUUUUUGGGAGUAGUUGGCAUAACAGGCCUCACUGCACUUCUGGGCAUGAGAGAGAAGGGCCAUGUGACCAAAGGGGCCAACCAAACCCUGGUAGUGAGUGGAGCUGCUGGAGCUUGUGGCUCCAUCGCUGGACAGAUAGGCUGCCUGGAUGGUUGUGUGAGGGUGGUAGGCAUCUGUGGAUCCGAUGAAAAGUGCAGUAUGUUGGUUGACAAACUAGGUUUCUCUGCCGCCAUCAACUAUCGGCAGGAAGACGUUCCCACAAGGCUUAGGGAGUGCUGUCCAGACGGGAUAGACGUUUACUUCGAUAAUGUGGGAGGCCCCAUAAGUGAUGCUGUUAUAGCACAGAUGAACAAUGGCAGCCAUGUGAUCCUGUGCGGGCAAAUCUCACAGUACAACAAGGACGUUCCCUACCCUCCGCCUCUGAGCGAGGAGAUGCAGGAAGCCCUGGAAAGCAAGAGCAUCACCCGCGAGCGAUUUAUGGUGCUCAGCUACAUGGACAAAAUGGAUGCUGCCCUCCUCCAGCUCAGCCAUUGGGUCAAAUCGGGCCAGAUCAAAGCCUUGGAAACAGUGGUGAGCGGCAUUGACAAUAUGGGAGAGGCAUUUUGCUCCAUGAUGAAAGGUGGAAACGUUGGCAAGCAAAUUAUAAAGCUAUCCAAUUGAAUGAGAUCUCUCUCUGCAGGCCUUGGGAAAUAAACUGACUCUUGCCUCUCCAUCUCCGCUGUGGAGAUGAACCCGAUGAACCCUGGGAUCAUACUGCAAAGUUAAUGACAUUUGAAUACUUAAUUGGUCGAUGUCGAGUAUUGAAACUUUUUUAUUAACCUUUCAAGAGUACAAAUGGAAAAAAAAAAGCUCUUCAAAAUUGUGUUCUUGAGAAUAAUAAAUAGGAUCCUUGUAGAGUGCUUGGAAGGCAUAUAAAAGUCUUCAAUUGUUAAUGUUUAUUGAUUUAAGAAUUAAAUUAGUGCUGGGGUUAAACGGAAGCCAGAAGGAACAUUGCAGUGCUGCAUCACAAUACUCAUAUCAGGCCGCCACAUUGAAUCAACGUUGCAUGCCCCGUGUUAUGUUGUCAUUAUCGGCCUCUGUAUUCCUGUUGUCUUGCAAGGGAUAGGCUUUAAUCACAGCACGGACAUGGUGGGACACUCCGAACUGCCCUAAAGGAGCAAAUACAUUUAUCGGCUCAAGUACCGUCAUCAUUCACAGGCGCUACCCUGCCCUGUGUUAUACGUCCUCGAUGUGAUGAGGAUGAAGGAAAACUCAAAGUGACUUACAUUUAUGAACAUUUUUUAUUUCACAGCACUAUAAACCAUUAAUAAAAUAAAAAGUGGUUUGUCAAUUUUCUCAGUUGUCACAAAAGAAGUGGCGGGUGUAAAGUCAGUUCAUUCACGUAUUCGACUAGUUAACCACAGGAAAGGAUGCAGAAUAAUGCAAACACCAGUACAUCUACUACAUUGCUUCUCAGAGAAGUACUGAUGUUCCGCCAUUUGGGAAAAGUAAAAUGGAAAGAAGAGCUAAUUACAGUAGCCAAAAUUCAGUCUUUCCAAUUAGGGAUUACUCGAUCUUUGCACAGUACUGAACAUUUACGAGCAGUUUCACCAUUUUAUCAUCAGUGCAUUUGAGUUCUACUAACAAGAAAACAAACUCAUCUCACCACGGUGAAUUUAUGGUGUACAAAAAUAAAUAAUCCCAUGCAUAAUUUCAAAGGUGAAGCCCACAAAUGAGGUACAAUAGACCUUUACUUCCUUUCAAAUCCAUUCAGUGCUGCCCCCCAGUGGACAUAGAAUAGAAGUUCGUGAGAGGUACUGAGCGUCGUCACAAAUGUAGAUUUUGCUCAUUAAAAAAAACAAAACUGAAUUAACCCAAGGUUUG